AGCAUGGCGUCGGUGAUCUUUCUCUUGAUUACUUUGUUGUCCGUCGCUAGUUCCAGCUAUGCGGCAAAGAUUGUAGGUUUYCCAAUGAUGGGCGGCAGUCAGUAUAUUGGGAUGAAGAAUAUUGGUCUAGAGMUUGCUAGACGUGGACAUAAGUUCACCAUAUUGGUAAGCAGUGCGCAAAAGAUCAAACCCACARAAGAAAUACAACAUGGUGUUUACAAAGUUCCYUAUGAUUCUGAUUUCAUGGAGAAAUUUGCGGCUAAAGUGAUCAAUGAUGGAAUGUUCAAGGGCUUGAUUUCUGGCAAUGUAACAAUGCCAGGAAUUCAAAAAGAAUUUUGUGAAACRUUAAUUACUAGCAAAGAWCUUCUUGAGCCACUCAAAAGCUUUGAUCUCUUGAUCAUAGACUGUUCCAUGCCCUGUGGUCACGUGCUGUCAGAUUAUUUAGAUAUUAAGAAAGUCGAGUACUGUCCAGGCACAGCAAGAAUGAUAUUGCCUUUAUUUGCACCCUAUGAAAGUUUGUCCAUUGGAUCUUACGUACCAAUGAUAAUGACAUCCAACCCAGGAAAGAUGAAUUUCUUCCAGCGAGUGAAGAAUACAAUGAGUAMUUUGGCAAUAAUGGUGAUGGCACCAAUUKUUAUGMGUAGACCAAUGCAGAAUCUAAAAGUUAAGCACAACAUCAAACCAGAGAAGAGUUUCUAUGAGUCAAGCAGGGAAUCUCAACUGAUUUUGUUUYUGUCUGACUUUGCAUUGGAAUAUGUAUAUCCAGUUCCYCCAUGUAAGUCCUUUCUUAAGAUAAGUUCUUUUAGAUGGAAGAAAAAACGAUUUCCAUUCAUUCAACCUUCAUUCCCAUCCAUUCYCAAUUAUCUCAAGCAUAACAGACAUGAAUACCGGUUUUCACAUACAACCUAUUGA